CACAAUCACUCGUAUUCUUUACUCACAUCCCAAUUAUUAACCAUGGCAAACCAUGAUUUACUGAUUCUUAUUUUCACUUAUCUCAUCAUUUCAUCACUUUCUUUGAUCAUCACAUGCAAUGCCCAUUCUGGCGAACAUGAAUUCAGCUACGAAGAUUCAUCACCGGAUGGACCAAAGAAUUGGGGAACCCUAACUACGGAUUGGAAACCUUGCUCAGGUGGAAAAUCACAGUCACCUAUUAAUAUCGACUCGAAAAAUGCAAAAGAUCAACCAAAUGACUUGAAAAAGGAUUACAAGGAUGCCCCUGCCAGACUUUACAAUAAAGGCCACAAUAUUGUGGUACAAUGGCAAGGAGAUGCAGGAGGAAUAAGUAUAAAUGGUUCAACAUACAAGCUAGUUCAAUGUCAUUGGCAUACUCCCUCUGAGCAUACCAUAGAUGGGAAGGGCUAUGAUGCAGAACUACAUUUCGUUCAUAGCAACGACCAUAAACAAUUGGCGGUUAUUGGUGUUCUUUUCGAAAUUGGAGAGUCUGAUUCCUUUAUUGAAAAGAUGACUGCGAGCAAGUUCAAAGGGCUUGACGCUAGUGGCAGUGAUUUGGGAAAUGUAACCGCAAGUAGCACAACUACCAGCGAUAAAUAUUUCAGAUAUAGCGGUUCCCUUACAACUCCUCCAUGCUCGGAGGGUGUCACUUGGACAGUUGCCGAAAAGGUCAAAACAAUUUCAAAGGACCAAAUCGAGUUGCUAAAAGGGGCUGUUGAUCAUGAAUUUCAACAUAAUGCAAGGCCUGUCCAAGAUCUUAAUGGAAGAACAGUUACGCAAUUUGAAGACAAAGAGUACGCUCUUUUUUUUAUAUACUAUAUAUUAUUUAUAUUACAUGGGUUGAAAAUAUCUCUUCAUUUUCACCAUUUCUUGUUCAAAAUCCAUUUCGUAUUGGUUUUGAAUUUUACUUAUUCACAUAGUUUACGAAGCAUAAUAUAUCAUAGAUAG